AUGCUCACCGUCGACCACGAUGGCCACCACUUCCAGUUCCAGCACGUCGAGGCCGCCGACCAGGUGAUCUACAACUUAUACAUUGACGGAGGAAUGGACUCCACGUUCACCGUCGCCGUCCCCGCGUCGUUCACGAUGGCGAUGCACCAGAUGCUGCCCGACCAGCUCCAGGUGGACCCAGUGUUGGUGGUGGGAGACCAUAGCAAUUUGAAGAUCCAGAUCAUUGCUGCUGAAGUAUCCAAGAUGGUGAUUAUACAUAAGCAGAAACCGGUUGUGCUCAGCUUAGGCUCGAAGUGGUUUGGGCGAGACCUCGCUGACGGCGACUUUGACCGACUUAUGUGGGUGCUUGGCCAAGUCAAAGCUGACCUUUCUUCACGCUAA